CAAACGACGUCGCUUCUAAGGCGCAUGUUAGCGUUGUUUGAACUUCAUACAAGUACUUCCAUACUCUACCCCUUCUUCUUUCUACUGUGUGAAACUUCUGCUAUUUCUGCCACCCUUAUUUUUUUGUGGGUUUUAUCAAAGUGUCAGAAACAUUUUAAGAAAAAUGUCAAAAAAUUGAGAUGAAGAAUGAUUGACUGAUGGGUUUAACUAUGAACUAUGAAAGAUACCCAUUUGAUUUUUUAGUUUAAUUUUAGAAAAAAAAAGAAAAAUACCAUAUAAUUUUUAGAUAGAAAGAGAUUCACUUGCUUAAAAAAGUUCGCCUUUUUACUAUUUUUCAGCUUCAAGUUCAAGUCUUCUGAUUAGAAAAGAGUAAGUAACACUAGUGACAUGGGUGUACCUGGGAAAUGGAUUAAAGCACUGGUUGGAUUUAAGAAGUCGGAAAAGUCGUCAUCCUCAGAGAAAGAUGAAAAGAGAGCAACAGCUGUUGGUGAGCCUCAACAUCGCAGAAAUCAAUCUAUUGACAUAGAUAACAAUGCACUUCAAGAACAUGGGCAAAGUAGUGAAUCUUCUGCAGAUGCUAAUGUCAGGCUGGUUUCUGAUGUUGCUGCCUCCCCAUCAACCUCUAUUCCAGUACAGUCUGAAGCUGAAGAACACCAGAGAAAUAGAGAAGAAUGGGCAGCUACUUAUAUUCAAACUGCUUUUCGUGGAUUUCUGGCGAGGAGAGCUUUAAGAGCAUUGAAAGGAUUGGUAAGACUCCAAGCACUUGUCAGAGGGCAUGCUGUGAGAAAGCAAGCUGCAAUAACUCUUCGAUGUAUGCAAGCGUUAGUAAGAGUUCAAGCUCGAGUACGAGCAAGGCGUGUGCGUUUGGCGCUAGAAACUCAAAGUGAACAACAGAAAGCCCAACAACAACUUUUACAGGAAGCUCGUGUUCGAGAAAUAGAGGAAGGAUGGUGUGAUAGCGUUGGGUCUGUAGAACAAAUACAAGCAAAGUUGCUCAAGAGACAGGAGGCUGCUGCUAAGCGUGAGAGAGCUAUGGCCUAUGCGUUGGCUCACCAGUGGCAAGCAGGAUCAAGACAAUUAGCUGCUGCUUCUGGCUUUGAGCCAGAUAAAAACAGUUGGGGAUGGAAUUGGUUAGAGAGAUGGAUGGCCGUACGUCCCUGGGAAAACCGAUUUCUUGACAUCAAUCUCAAGGAUGGUAUGAAGAUAGUUGGUAGUGAAGAUGCUGAGGCUACAGAUGAGACUAAAACACAAACGAAAGCUUCUGGGAGGAAGUCUCUGCCAACAAACCCCCCUGCAGAAAAGUUAAUCCCAUCCAACUCCGAUGGAUCUUCCCCUAGUAAGUCAGCAAAUACCCAAGAAGCAUCCAACUCCAUGUCCUCCAAACAAAAAUCUAAACAAAUUAGUGAGGACCCAAUUGAAGAAGCCAACUCAAAACCUGCUGCUAGCUUAAGGUCUCGCAGCAACCCAAAAGAAAGAAUUACAGCUCGGGAUGUCAAGUCUCAGAAGCGAUUGUCUUUGCCGAGCAAUGGGAAUCAAGGGACACAAACUAUCAAGCCGCUGGCUAAAACUGCUGUCAAAAGGACUCCUGUCACACGAAAGUCGAUGAAUGACAAACCCAAAUCAAAUGGAAAUCCCGUAAAAGUUGCCCAACAAGCCAUCGAUGUUUAACCCGAAACUGUAUCAUGUUGUCUCGCAUCGUGUGUAAAUAUGGAGGAGUUGCAUGAUGCACGAAAUGAGAUGUUUCCGCUUCCGGCAGCCCCAUCUUUACGGUAUAAAGAAUAAAUGUGGCGAGGACUUGGGUGUUGUAUCUGUGAGUUAUUGUGUAAUUGUUGUUUGUAUAAUUUAUGUGUGUAAAGGCAAAGCAGUAUUUUAAAACGGCUCCUUGUUUAAUUUACCUCAUAGUAUUUAAUAUUCAAUUCUUGCAUGUUACUGGUUUCGUCAUUUAAGAUCAUCUCAUUGUAGAAUUUACUAUUUUCAUAAAAUAUUUUACUUGUUUCCAAA